CGGGCGCCCGCCUCCCCGCCACGCGCCCCCCGCACCGCCCCUUCCCGGGAGACCCCCGCGGACCCCAGCGGACGCGACGCGACGCGUGUCGGCCUGCCCGGCUGGGGGCCUGCAUCCGGCGGGGCCCGGCGGGCGGCGGGGCGGGGAGGUGGUUCCCUCCGUCCCUCCCUUCUCUCUCUCUCUCUUCUCUCUCUCUCUCUCUCUCUCUCUCUCUCACUCACACACACACACGCACACACACACACACACGCGCGCACACACGCGCACACGCAUACACGCGCGCGCGCACGGAGCAUCCUCCCGUCAGGGCUCUGGUCCAGCCCCGCCCGCGCCUCCCGCUCCCCGCAAACCCUCUCCUCGUCUCCCGCUCCCCUCAUCGCCUCCGGCUCCGGGACUCUCCGCGCCCGCCCCUCUCCCGGGAUGGAGCGGCUCGAGCCCGCCCGCAGCCCCCCGCGGCCGGGGUGACGGUCCCCCGCCCCUCCCCGCCUGGCCCGCGCCCGGAGGACCAUGGGCCCGAGGGGCUCCCGCGGCGCCGGACGCUGAAGAUGACUGAUGCUGGAGCUUCCUUGAGUCAUGGCUUCUUCAAAGCUACGAGAACCUGCGGACGAGGUUUUUGACCUGGACUUGGCCGUGCCAGAGACCGUCAGACUGGACAGCAGUUUACAUAAGGCCCGAGCCCAGCUACUGGCCAAGGGCCGGAGACACCGACCUUCCCGCUCCAGGCUUCGGGACAGUGCCAGCUCUGCAGAGGACGGCGAAGGCUCCGAUGGGCCCGGAGGCAAGGUGACGGACGGCUGCGGGAGCCCCCUGCACCGGCUGCGCUCGCCUCUGCACUCGGGCCCGGGGUCCCCGGCGGGGGGCUCUUUCUGCCUGGAGCCUCCGGGGUUGCGGCGCAGCCUGGACGAAGACGAGCCGCCGCCCUCGCCGCUCACACGCUACCGGCCCCUGCACAACGCCACCUCGCACGAGGGCCUGGCCGCCGCCUCCUGCUCGCCGCCGCGCUCCGCGCCCUCCUCGGACAGCUCGCCCAGCUUCGUGCGCCGCCACCCGCGCGCGGAGCCGCACAGCGAAGAUGACAGCCGGGACGCCAGCCCCCCUGAGCCUGCCAGCCCCACCAUCGGCCUGGAUAAGAAGACUCGCCGCAAGUUCUUGGACCUGGGGGUCACCUUACGCAGAGCAUCCACUAGCAAGAGCCGGAAGGACAAGAGCAGCAACCGCUUGUCCAUGGGCAGCAGGGAGUCAGUGGAGGGGUCCGGCAGGUCAGGGGGCUCCCCGUUCCUGCCCUUUUCCUGGUUCACAGACAGCGGCAAGGGCUCGGCGUCCUCUGGCAACACCACCUCCCCCGCCUGCUCCCCUAAACACGAGGGCUUCAGCCCGAAGAAGUCGGCUUCUCAGGAAUCCACCCUGAGUGAUGACUCCACACCCCCCAGCAGCAGCCCCAAGAUCCCCAGUGGUCCCCGGCAGGAGACCAAGUGUUCCUACCCCUACCACACGCUGUCCCAAUCUUCGGAUGAGUUCCUGGACGAACCUCUCCCCACUGUCCACCACUGGACCAGUCAGCAGGUGGGCCAGUGGCUGCACAGCCUCAACCUGGAGCAGUAUGCCGCUGAGUUCGCCGCGCGGCAGGUGGAUGGGCCCCAGCUCCUGCAGCUGGAUGGAAGCAAACUGAAGAGCCUGGGGCUCAGCAACUCGCAUGACCGGGCGCUAGUGAAGCGGAAGGUGAAGGAGCUGGCGGCGGCCGCUGAGAAGGAGCGCAAGGCCCAGGAGAAGGCCGCACGGCAGCGCGAGAAACUCCGGCGCAGGGAGCAGGAGGCCAAGAAAAGCUAGGGGAGGGCGAGGGGCAGGCACCGGCACCCAGGCGCUGGCGGCCGCCGGGCUCGGUGGGCACAGGCCUCAGCGAGAAGGCGGGGCCUGGGCGCCAAGCUUGGGCUGGCCUGGCCCCACACUCUCAGGGGGGUACGUGCCCUCUCCCACCCUGUCACUCGGUCUGGCCCCAGAUCCCCCAGAAAGGGAGACCCCAGGAGAGGGCCCGGUGAUAAAUCCAAUUUUAAGGACGUUUGGCACGGAGUCCCUAGGGGAGCUGGCAGGUUAUGGGCAGAGGGCAGAGAGGCCAGGGCUGAACAGGUCUGGGAGCCCUGAGGCACCUGGGUCAAGUCUGACCCUCUGCCCUCAGGCCACGGCGGUGCUGGCCGGCAGUGAGCUGGGACACCUGCCUGGCCUGCCUGCCUGCCUUCCAGAGGCCCUGAGAUGGGGCCAGGGUCCCAGGGCUGAGGGAGGUAGGAAGCACCUCAGCAGGAGUGGGUGGAUAGAGCUGUCCCUCUCCAGCUCUCCGAGGUGGCGGUGUGCUGGGAGAGCUCCGUGCUCCCCAGGGAGGCCGGGAGGUGGCUGCAGCAAGUCGCACUCAGGGUAGACUCCCGGUCUACACUCCUGAACGGGAGCGCGGAGAAAGCAUCAUGGUCAUCCCACGCGAUCUUUGCAAGGACCUUAGGGGCAGGAAGGGAGGAUGAAAACCUCCCCUUCCCCUUCCCUGUCCCGUGGGUCCCAGUGGUGAGAUGACAGCCAUACAGAUCUGUCCCUCUGGGGCCCAUUCAAGGCCUGGUCUUUGACCUGCUCUCUAACACAGGGCACACGUCUGUUGCUCCCUCAGAGGACACCUGAGACCUCUCUGGGGACAGAGCAAACUUGGGAGCUGGGGGGGGGGGGGACAGGAUACCCCCAACCAGUGCCUAGGUGGUACUGAACAGGUGAACCCUCACGCUAGCUGGGUAGAGAGGCACCAUCUGGGAGUCCCCCCGCAGUCUCUUGGAAGGGUUCAUCAACUCUCCCCCAUCUGCUCUGGUUCCUGUCUGGGCCUCAGUGGGUUCCAGAAACCGGCAGGCAGUGCAGGCUCUGGGUCGCUGGGCCACAAGGAAGGGUGGGGCCAGCCCCCUGGGUAGGGGCGGGAUCUAUCCCGGCGGCCCAGGGAUGACCUCUAUCUGUCCUUGGAAGGAGGGGGCUUUCAGACGGUCCCCUGUCCUCAGCAGCACUGGCCGGCAGCUGGCCCAGCUUCUGGAGGAUUGGCCAGUUAUCAGUGGGGCUGGGGGGGGGGGCUCUGAUUACAAGUCCCCCUCCACCUCCCCCUGCCUGGAGUGGCGGACGGGACCCAAUGCAUGCCAACACCCCUCAUUCCUGCUCAGGGGCUCUGGCUUCAAGGCCACCCCUGCUAUGGCCAGGGUCCUGUCUGUGGGACUCAGCCCUUUGCUCCUCUCUGCUGUCUGUGCUGGGAGAGGGGCUUCAGAGGAAACUGAGGUACGGGGGCACCGGCACCAUCUGCGCCUGUUGGAGGGGCUGGUGGGGAGGGUGGAAGGCACCCAGGCCUUUGAAGCUAUCAGGAGCUAUGUGGGUGCCCACCUGCAUGUGAAGGGGGGGGUGGUACUCAAUUUAUUUCAAUAAACACUUAUGAUGUGCCAGUGA